GCCGAGCGCGUUCACGACACCGGUACACUGGCUGCAUGAUGGCUGAGGGAGGCGGACCCGAGUCGGGCAACGCGGCUGACGGGGACUCGGAGCCGGUUGCCGCUCAAAUGCCUACCGCUUCAAGCGAAAGUCAAAAACAAACCAUUGGGUCGCUCCUGAAAUCAACUCUGAGAAAAGGUGACGAAUGGUAUUUAAUAGACAGUCGGUGGUUCAAACAGUGGAAAAAGUAUGUGGGGUAUGACAGCUGGGAUAUGUACAGCAUUGGUGAACGAAGCCUUUAUCCGGGACCAAUUGAUAACUCUGGGCUGUUCUCAGACCAGGAGACUCAGGCCCUGAAAGAGCACCUUAUAGAUGAGCUGGACUAUGUUCUUGUACCCACUGAGGCAUGGGAUAAGCUUGUCAGCUGGUACGGUGGCCUUGAGGGCCAGAGGCCCAUCGUCAGGAAGGUGGUUGAACAUGGUAUGUUUGUUAAGCACUGUAAAGUGGAGGUCUAUCUGCUUGAGCUUAACUUGUGUGAGAAUAACAACAUGGAAAAUGUUGUCACACGUCAUUUCAGUAAAGCUGACACUAUAGAAACGAUAGAAAAGGAGAUGCGGACAUUGUUCGAUAUCCCCUCAGAGAAGGAGACCAGACUCUGGAACAAAUACAUGAGCAAUACCUAUGAGCAACUGAACAAGCCAGAAAGCACUGUACAGGAUGCCGGUCUUUUCCAGGGACAGGUGCUUGUGAUUGAACGCAAAAAUGAAGAUGGCACGUGGCCCAGACAAGCGUCCCAUCCCAAAACCAGUGCCACCCCAUCAAGGAAUUUCACUACCUCCCCAAAACUUUCUUCAAACUCAUCAGUCAGUGUAUCUUCAUCAUUGACCAAUGGAGAAAAUAGCUGUAGCACUGGAUACGCACUUAACAACAGCACCUCUUCUAGCAACAGAUAUGGGGGCUACAACUCGUAUAGCUCCUCCUACAACUAUCGAGAGUCACAGUCGCAGCCUGGCUUGUGUGGUCUUAGUAAUUUGGGAAAUACAUGCUUCAUGAACUCUGCUCUCCAGUGCCUGAGCAAUGCUUCUCCACUUACAGAGUACUUCCUCAAUGACCAGUAUGAGGCUGAGAUUAACCGUGAGAAUCCAUUGGGAAUGAGGGGUGAAAUAGCUGAGGCAUACGCAGAUUUAGUCAAGCAAAUGUGGCUGAGCCGCAGCAGCUAUGUGGCCCCACGUUCGUUCAAAACACAGGUUGGACGUUUUGCACCCCAGUUUUCUGGUUAUCAGCAGCAGGACUCGCAGGAGUUGUUGGCCUUUCUGCUAGACGGCCUUCAUGAAGAUCUGAACCGUGUCAAAAAGAAGCCAUACCUGGCUCUGAAGGAUGCAGAGGGUCGACCAGAUGAGAUUGUGGCCAAGGAAGCUUGGACGAACCAUCGCUUGCGCAAUGACUCGAUUAUAGUUGAUAUUUUCCACGGCCUCUUCAAAUCCACAUUGGUGUGUCCAGAAUGCGCUAAGGUGUCUGUAACCUUUGACCCGUUCUGCUACCUCACACUGCCUCUGCCCAUGAAGAAGGACCGGACCAUGGAGGUUUUCUUGGUGAGGUCAGACCCUCAGUCAAGACCCACCCAGUGUCGGGCUGUGGUCCCCAAAAUGGGUACUGUGUCAGACCUGUGCAGCGCCUUGUCCAAACUCUGCGGAAUCCCUCCAGAAAAUAUGGUGGUGGCAGAUGUUUACAAUCAUCGGUUCCAUAAAAUAUAUAGACGGGAUGAUGGUCUAAACCAGAUAAUGGACAAAGAUGACAUUUUUGUGUAUGAGGCAGAGGAGGAAAACAGUGAGAGGAUGAACCUUCCUGUAUAUUUCAGGGAGCGCCACUCCAAGCAAGUUGGCAGCUCCACAAGCGCCUUGCUGUUUGGUCAGCCUUUACUCAUCACUGUUCCCAGACACAACUUCACAGCAGACCAUUUAUAUGACAAGAUCCUGGGCAGGAUUGGCCGUUACGUAAAACACUCACAGAGCCCUAAUACCGAAAACAGGGCAUCCGCAUCGGCCUCUGCUACCUUAUCCAGCUCCAGCCAGGCUCCUGAAUGUUCCACAUCAUCUAGUGUCAAUGCCAGUCUUGGUGGCGCCGGCAGUCCUCUGUCAGAUGGGGCUUCCUGCAGUGCAAGCUCCAGCAACGGCAGCAACCACUCAGGAACAUGCAAUGAAGCUAACGGGCUUGAUGAUGGUGAAGAGGAAGCCAUGGACCACCAGGUGAGUCCUGAACCUGAGAAUAGACUGUCUGAAGAAGAAGAAGAGUCAUCUGACCUGGAAAACGGAUCCAAAGGAGACACAGCAAAGCUUUUCACUUUCAGCAUAGUCAACUUUUAUGCAACAGCCAACAUCAGCCCACUGCCUUGUGAUGGAAAUGUCCUCAAACUUAAUCCUCAUUCCACGGUGGCCAUCGACUGGGACACAGAGUCAAAGAAGCUGUGUUAUGAUGAACAGGAAGCAGAGGCCUAUGAGAAGCACGAGAGCAUGUUGCAACCCCAGAAAAAGAAAGCCACAGUGGCUUUGAGGGAAUGCAUCGAGCUCUUUACCACCAUGGAGACUCUGGGAGAACAUGACCCGUGGUAUUGUCCAACAUGUAAGAAACACCAACAGGCCACAAAAAAGUUUGACUUGUGGUCUCUGCCUCGGAUUCUUGUUGUUCACCUUAAGCGUUUCUCCUACAAUCGAUGUUGGAGAGACAAGCUGGACACAGUGGUCGACUUUCCUAUCAGGGAUCUGAACAUGUCGGAGUUUGUCUGCGAUCCCAAAGCCGGCCCAUACAUCUACGAUCUCAUUGCUGUUUCAAACCACUAUGGAGGAAUGGGAGGAGGCCACUACACAGCGUAUGGAAAGAAUAAAGUGGAUGGAGAGUGGUAUUACUUCGAUGACAGCAGUGUUUCUUCUGCCACAGAAGACCAGAUUGUGACUAAAGCAGCCUACGUGUUGUUCUAUCAGCGCAGAGAUGAGGACAGUCCGUCCAAACCUCAGCCUUCGGGCUGUUUGGGAGCAGCUCCAGAGUCAGCGGACGACAACAUGGACACAAAUUGAGGAGCCCUGGAACAAAGGGACACACUCUGAAACGCAUAUGGCAGAUAGACUCUGGGACACGCGCACACAAUGCUUCUUUAGUGACAGAAGAUCCCACAGACUCAUUAAACCCACUUUUCCCAUAUCGUA